ACGUGCGUGAGCGACCUCCAUUUCUCAUUAUAUUGUUCUAGUUAGAGUUGCAGUGCCCCGGUGGGCGAUGUGAAGCUGAUAGUUGACGAUGAUGCCAAAGACAAAAACAAAACAAUAAAAAAGUAUGAAUAAAUGGCACAGGAAUUGGGAAAUUGACAAAGUUAGGUUUGACUAAGCCGAUGAAGUCAACGCCGGCAAAAUUGAAAUUUGGAAAUUUGUUAGUUCCAAGUGUUCAAGAGCUUGCCAAACAGCACCUUACCAAUAUUCCGACCAGGUAUGUCCGUCCAGAACAGGAAUCUCCGGCCAUAUUCGCCGGAACGGCGGUUCCUUCUGUCCCAGUAAUCGAUCUUAAAGAGUUGAUGUCUGGUGAUUCCAUGGAUUCUGAGCUUCAAAAGCUUCACUCAGCUUGCCAACAAUGGGGUUUCCUCCAGGUUAUAAACCACGGAGUGACACCUUCAGUAGUGGAGGAGUUCAAGAGAGAGGUUACAGAGUUGUUCAAACUUCCAAUGGAAGAAAAGAAGAAGCUAUGGCAACAGGGAGACAGCUAUGAAGGUUUCGGGCAUUUAUUUGUUCUAUCGGAGGAUCAGAAGCUCGAUUGGAGUGAUAUGUUUGGCAUAACUACUCUUCCCCCUCAUAUGCGGAAAAUGGACUUGUUCCAAAAGUUGCCUCCCAAGCUCAGGCACAGCAUGGAAGCAUACUGCAAAGAAAUGAAGAGCCUAGCAAUAAGCAUCCUAUGUCAAUUGGCAAAGGCUUUAAGGAUGGAUGAAAAGGAAAUGAGAGAUCUAUUCAGUGAUGGUAUGCAGUCAAUGAGGAUGAAUUAUUAUCCUCCUUGCCCUGAGCCAGACAAGACCAUUGGCCUCAGCCCUCACUCUGAUGCUGAUGGCCUCACCAUCCUUAUUCAGCUAAAUGAAAUUGAAGGUCUCCAAGUGCGAAAAGACGGUGUUUGGGUGCCUGUAAAACCACUCCCAAAUGCUUUGAUUGUGAAUAUUGGCGAUAUGAUGGAGAUAGUGAGCAACGGUGUUUAUAGGAGCAUAGAGCACAGAGCAGUUGUAAAUUCAAACGAAGUGAGGCUAUCUGUUGCAACAUUCUAUACCGCCAACCUUGACUCCGAAUUGGGACCUGCACACAGUCUUAUUGGACCAAAUAAUCCAGCAAUUUUCCGUAGAGUUCCCGUGGAAAAAUAUUUACUGGAUUUUUUUUCACGAAAAAUUGAUGGAAAGUCGUAUGUUGAUUUCAUGAAGGUAGAGACGAGGGAUGACGAGUCCUAGAGGAAGCUGGGAAAAAAAACUCAUUGAUGGAAAAAGCAAGCUCGAGAAAGCUAGGUGGUUUUUUGAAAGUUCCCUAUGUUCGAGAGUUGGCAAAGCAACAACUAGCUGUGUGAUGAUAUAGAGAAGACUAUCUUGACAUCCAAUCCUUCAUCCUCUUUCAUAUUGCCUCAAGUUCCAGUUAUUGACAUGGAAAGACUGCUGGCAGUUGGAAAUAAUGAUCAUCAUGAUGAUUCAGAGUUUGAGAGGCUUCAUUUUGCUUGCAAAGACAGGAUUUUUCCAGGUAUAUUUCAAUGAUCAACCACUGUUCAUUUUAGGUAAGUUAUAGGAAUAGUGUAAAUGGUUAGUGAUGACUCAUUAGUCAUCAACAAUUACCCAGGGCGACCCUUCCAUAAAGCAAGUAAAGCAACCACUAUGGGCCCCAUGUGUUUGGGGGCCUAUUUUUUAUUACACCUAAUAAACUAUGUAUAACUUUUAAAAAAAUGUUCUGUAAAGUGAAAAAGUUUGAUUUC